UGCUUAGAGAACAGUGGAUCCGCAUCAACGCGCUCAAAGUCACCCGUCACGCGCUGGAGAAGUGCUAUAAGAACAAGGGCGUGAACCACUUCGAGGACUGUAGAGAUCUGGCUGAGAAGUACAUGCAAAUGAUGGAUGCCCAGGGACGUAUUGAAGGGUUCUACGGUUACCAGAAGAACGAUCCAACCAAAUGAGCAAGGUGAAGCAAAUGUGCACACAGGGCCAUCGUUGCUGGUAUUGUCAUUCUAUUUAUUCGUAUUUAUAAACUAUUUAUUCAUAUCUUGUUUCCUAUUUAUACAUACAAACAGUGAAAAAAAAGCACUUUCGGUUUGAGCCCAUCUUCUCCGCGUAAAGGUUGUUUGCUGUGAUGACCUCUUGAGGGACAAAUUUUACACGCCCAUGAACCAAAGUGUCGUUGGCUCGUUUGCCUCAAGACCGUUGGUGAGGAGUCGAAUGAUUGCAAUCAGAGCACUGGUGACCGACUGGGACGAAACGAUAUCCAAGGAUACGAUGCACUUGGUUGGACAAGCAGCGUACUCACAAGACCGUCCAUUCCCGUACCCUUGGUCCCAUUUUGUCGAUGUUUACCUUCAACAGUACCAAAACUUCAUGAAGCACUCCACGAAGCCAACUUCGUUGGAGGAAGAGUUCCAGUACGAACAUCAGCUGAGAUGUGUGGAGCUGAGCUCGCUGGCGGAAGCUGUGAAGCUACAGCUUUUCAAAGACGUCCAUAAGGAACGGUUGGAGGAACAGGCUCAGCACGUGGAGACGUUCCCGGGUUCCAUUGAGUUUCUAAAGAAACUGACUGAGCUGAAAAUACCAAUUUAUAUACUCAGUGUGAACUGGUCCUCGCUGAUUAUGAAAAGAACGCUGGAAUUGAACGGAAUAGACCCCAAGAACUUGCACUUCAUAACAAACGAAUUCGAAGUGUUGAAGGAUGGCCGGCUCUCCGGCAGAGUGAUUUCAACAAGAGAUAUACGCACAGGGUCCGACAAACUACAACAGUUCAAGCUCAUCAAGCAAGAUCUUCUUAAACAGGGCAUCCAGGAUGGAGUGUAUUACAUUGGCGAUAGUUCCUCCGAUUUCCUAACGAUAAUUAACGCAGACUGUGGCGUCGCAUUUGGUGAUGGAAGUGCUCUCCGGAAACUUCAGCAGUAUGGAAUCCCAUACGAUGAGGGCAUCGAGGGCACAAAUAGGUGUAAACAUGUACAAUCCUGGAAUGACUUGUCAUCACUGUUAAAAUAA